AUGAAUAUUCUACCAAAAUUGAGUCGUUUUCUUCAAAACAUUGAUCUUUCAAAUACUGAACAAUUUGAAUAUAUCGAAUUAUUUGAUUGGUUAGAAAUGGUUAAUGUUGAUGUUAUUGCACAAAUUUUGGCUAAAAAUUUUUUUCCGAGAUAUUCCCAACACGUUUCCUAUCAAGUUACGAAUCCAGCUAUAACAAUGGCUGAAUUGGAAAGAAUUAAAAAGGGUUAUAUGGAUUGGAAGAAUUUAUUACCAACUGAUAUACAAAAACAUGCACUUGUUAUGAGCGAAUUAAGACAAAUACUUCAAUUAUUAGCACAAUGUCAAAAUCGUUUAACCGGUCAAAAUAUUCCUGGAAUUCAUCAACAGUCAAAACCUCAACCAUUAUCAUCUAUUGGACCUUUUGGUUUACCUCCACCUUCUCCCCAAUUUACUUCUCAAUUACCCCCUUCUUCAUUUAAACAAUUAGUCGAAUCAAGUGCUAUAUCUAAUGGAAUACAAUUUUUCCCUCAAAGAAGUAAAUUUCAUGAUGGAAAGCAAGUUUAUAUGUUUGGAGAUUUUUCUGUUUAUAUGGAUGCAACUGUAUUAUUUUACUAUAGUCCACCAAGAAGGCAAUGGUUACCUGCAAGUUUAAAUGUAUUAUUAGACAUGUGUAGAAGUAAAUAA